AUGGAUCCGGAAGGUUUAAAAGCACUCAAGGAUGAUGCAUCAUCCUCCACCGAUGAAAUUCGCCCAGUGUUCCUCCAAUCACGGUCUUGGACAAAGGCAACAUUGAAAGAAAGGAAAGACAUAUCCUGGGAUACACGAAUAUUUAGUUUCAAAUUGGAACACGAAGAUCAAACAUUGGGUUUACCAGUCGGCCAGCAUCUUAUGAUCAAAGUCCUCGACACAUCAUCCAACAACGAAGCCAUCAUCCGCUCAUACACCCCAAUUUCUGAAACCAGCCAGAAAGGGACCGUGGACUUGCUGGUUAAAGUAUACUUUGCAACAGCCACCUCGGCAGGCGGCAAGAUGACGAUGGCCCUGGAUAGGCUGCCAUUGGGCUCCGUGGUGGAAUGCAAGGGUCCGACAGGCAGAUUCGAAUACCUUGGAAAUGGACGAGUUGUCAUAAGUGGGAAGGAACGCCAUGUUCGGUCGUUUAAGAUGAUUUGUGGAGGAACCGGUAUCACACCGAUCUUCCAGGUCUUGCGCGCCGUGGUUCAGGACCGGCAAGAUCCCACCUCUUGUACAGUCCUCAAUGGAAACAGACAGGAGGAAGAUAUCCUUUGCCGGGCUGAGCUCGACGGCUUCAUGGCAACCGACAGCAGAAGGUGUAAUAUAAUACACACCCUAUCCAAAGCGCCGGACUCAUGGACUGGCCGCCGAGGACGCAUAUCCGAAGAGCUCCUAAAGGAGUACGCGGCUCCAGAAGAUGAGAGUAUGGUCCUGAUUUGUGGUCCGCCAGCCAUGGAAGAAUCGGCUCGGAGGAUACUGUUGGCGGAAGGAUGGAAAGAAUCAGACCUUCACUUCUUCUAA